AAAAGUGUGCAAGAGUGCUAUCACUUCUCAAAUGUAAAUGUACAGUAUCCCCACUCAUAAUCACGUCUUUUUUCUCUCUUCAUCCGUCGCCAUCAACUGCGACUUUCGGUCACUUGCGCCUCUUUUUCUUUUCGGUUAUGAAUCAAAUUGCUGCUACCAAGGAGCCAGAGGAGGCUUCCGAGAAGACGAAUGAAGCAGUGAGUUACGAAGAAGAGGACCCAAUGGAGCAGGAAUCGGUCAUCCCUGCUACUGUCUUCUGCAUUAGGCUCCGCCAACCUAAGUCCAAUUUGCUCUACAAAAUGAGUGUGCCUGAAAUUUGUCGCAAUUUCAGUGCUGUUUCCUGGUGUGGAAAACUGAAUGCUAUAGCUUGUGCUUCAGAAACAUGUGCAAGAAUUCCAAGCUCAACUGGAAAUUCACCAUUUUGGAUUCCUAUACACAUUGUGAUCCCAGAGAGGCCGACUGAAUGUGCAGUAUUCAAUGUCAUUGCAGAUUCUCCUCGUGAUUCUGUCCAGUUCAUCGAAUGGUCCCCAACCUCUUGUCCACGUGCAUUGCUGAUUGCAAAUUUCCAUGGGAGGGUAACUAUUUGGACUCAACCAUCACAAGGGCCAGCUAAUCAUGUACUCGAUACUGGCUGCUGGCUGCGAGAGCAUGAAUGGCGACAAGACAUUGCAGUUGUUACAAAGUGGCUCUCGGGAGUGUCCCUGUAUAGGUGGUUUUCAUCUAAACAAAGUGCUCCUGCCAAUUCAAGGUCAACAUUUGAAGAAAAGUUUCUUUCACAACAAUGUCAAACGUCAGCUAGAUGGCCCAAUUUUCUUUGUGUAUGUUCUGUGUUCUCAUCAGGCACUGUUCAACUUCAUUGGUCCCAGUGGCCUUCUUCGAAUGCAACACCACCCAAAUGGUUUUGCACUAGUAAAGGACCAUUGGGUUGUGGCCCCAGUGGCAUUAUGGCUGGUGAUGCUAUCAUUACAGAGAGUGGUGCCAUGCAUGUGGCAGGUGUGCCAAUUGUUAAUCCAUCCACCAUUGUUGUUUGGGAGGUUAUGCCUGGGCCUGGUAGUGGUUUCCAAGUAAUUCCAAGAACAAGUACCAAUAACGGAGUCCCACCUCCAAUUAGCUCGCCCAAUUGGAUUGGUUUUGCACCUUUAGCGGCAUAUUUAUUUAGUUGGCAAGAUUAUCUAUUAUCUGAAGAAAAACAAGGGAAAAUCCAGACAAACCAAAACCAUGGUGGUUCUAUACAACUUCACUGUUCACCAGUUUCAAAUUUUUCGGCAUAUGUGAGUCCUGAAGCUGCAGCUCAAUCUGCAGCAACCACUACAUGGGGCUCUGGUGUAACAGCAGUAGCCUUUGAUCCAACUUGUGGUGGUUCUGUGAUAGCUGUUGUGAUAGCUGAGGGACAGUACAUGUCCCCUUAUGAUCCAGAUGAAGGUCCAUCAAUCACAGGGUGGAGAGUUCAACGCUGGGAAUCAUCUUUACAGCAUGUUGUACUCCAUCCUAUAUUUGGGAAUCCCACUUCCAGUAUGGGUGGACAGCCUCCUAUGCAAACUGUUUGGCAGACCAAAGUGGACCUGAGCAUUCCACCGACAAAUGAUUUCAAGAAUCAUCAAGCUUCUGCAGGUGGAAUGAACACAGAUGCACAAAAGGUAGCAGAGUUUGGUUUUGAUAAAUCAAAAAGAGUCUAUUUCGAUCCUUUUGAUCUUCCAAGUGAUGUUAGGACACUUGCACGAAUUGUAUACUCUGCUCACGGUGGUGAAAUUGGCAUUGCUUUUCUUCGGGGUGGAGUCCACAUCUUUUCUGGUCCAAAUUUUACUCCAAUAGACAACUAUCAGAUUGGUGUCGGAUCUGCAAUUGCAGCUCCUGCUUUUUCUUCAACAAGCUGUUGUUCUGCUUCUGUUUGGCAUGACACAAGCAAGGAUCAGACGAUUUUGAAAAUAAUCCGGGUUCUCCCUCCUGCUAUUCCAAUUAGUCAAGUAAAGACCAACUCGUCAUACUGGGAGCGUGCAAUUGCUGAAAGGUUUUGGUGGAGCCUUUUGGUUGGAGUUGAUUGGUGGGAUGCUGUGGGCUGUACACAGAGUGCUGCUGAGGAUGGUAUUGUUUCACUUAACAGUGUUAUCGCAGUCUUGGAUGCAGAUUUCCAUUCUCUUCCUUCUGCUCAGCAUAGACAACAGUAUUGUCCUAAUCUAGACAGAAUAAAGUGUAGGCUGCUUGAAGGGGCAAAUGCUCAAGAGGUCAGGGCAAUGGUUCUGGAUAUGCAAGCUAGGUUGUUAUUGGAUAUGCUUGGGAAGGGAAUUGAGUCUGCUUUGAUAAAUCCAUCAGCUUUAGUGCCCGAUCCAUGGCAAUUAUCAAGUGAGACAUUAUCUAGCAUUGACCCAGAAGCAGUGGCCGUUGAACCUGCACUAGUUCCAUGUGUUCAGGCUUAUGUUGAUUCAGUUCUUGAUCUAGCUUCACACUUUAUCACACGGUUGCGGCGUUAUGCUAGUUUCUGUCGUACACUGGCAAGCCAUGCUGUGACUGCAGGGACUGGAAACAACAGAAAUGUGGUCGCUAGUCCUACUCAAAGUUCUGCAACUCCUGCAACGAGUCAGGGGGGUCAAAAUUGGACAACCAGUUCUAGUGGAAGCACACAGAUGCAAGCUUGGGUACAAGGGGCCAUUGCCAAGAUUAGUAGCACAACUGAAGGAGUAUCCAACCCAGCUCCUAAUCCCCCUAUCAGUGGUUCUUCUUCCUUUAUGCCCAUUAGCAUUAAUACAGGAACUUUUCCGGGAACACCUGCGGUUCGACUCAUUGGGGACUGUCAUUUCCUCCAUAGAUUAUGCCAACUGUUGCUCUUCUGUUUUUUCUUUCGACGGACACAACUAUCACGGUAUGUACAGAGAACUACAGACACAAAUACACAAAAGCCUCAACCCAAUGGUUCUGCUCCUGCAAAGGUAGAGGAACCUGUAAAACCAGGGUCAACGUUGGUUAGGCCAGAUGAUGGUCAGGCUGGUCGAGUUAAUCAGCUUGUGACUGCACCAAAAGGAGGUGAAGAACCGUCUCCAGGGCGUUCAAGAAUUGGUACUGGAAAUGCUGGCCAGGGAUAUACAUUUGAAGAGGUCAAGGUUCUUUUUCUAGUACUUAUGGAUCUCUGUCGCCGAACUGCUGGCUUGCAACACCCACUUCCAGUUUCUCAAGUGGGGAGUAAUAACAUUCAGGUUCGGCUGCAUUAUAUUGAUGGAAACUACACUGUACUGCCCGAGGUAGUGGAAGCAUCCCUUGGCCCCCAUAUGCAGAACAUGCCCCGUCCUAGAGGUGCUGAUGCUGCCGGUCUUCUACUACGUGAGCUAGAACUCCAUCCUCCAGCCGAAGAGUGGCAUAGGCGGAAUAUGUUUGGUGGACCUUGGUCUGAUUCAGAUGAUUUGGAUUCUACAAAUGAAGCACCAAAGCUUGUUAAUCUUGAUUUCAGCUCAUUGGAAACUUGUGAUGUCUACGAUGGAGCCGAUGGCUUAUUGCCAAGGAAACGCAGGAUGUCUGAACGAGAUGCAGCUUUUGGGUUGAACACUUCCGUUGGCCUGGGAGCAUACCUGGGUAUAAUGGGAUCUCGAAGAGAUGUUGUUACUGCAUUGUGGAAAACUGGCCUUGAAGGAAUCUGGUAUAAGUGUAUAAGAUGUCUGCGGCAGACUUGUGCUUUUUCCUCACCAGCCUCCACCAAUCUUCCUAGUCAAAAUGACAAGGAUAUUUGGUGGAUCAGCCGCUGGGCUCAUGGCUGUCCAAUGUGUGGUGGAACAUGGGUUCGUGUUGUAUAGCUGGUUUCAAGACAAAAUUGUUACGUGAGUUUCUCUAGGUCAGGGAAGAAUUGCUCGUAUUUGUUGCUAACUGCAGAAACUGGAGGUAGAUGAAACACUGGAAGAAAUUGUACAGGAGAGGAGACAUGUAGAUUACCUGACAGGUUCUUUAUCAUUUUAUUAUCAUUACAGGUAGGUGACCGAACAAACUUGGAUUCGGGUAAAUAUUCUACUAAUCACUUUGUAAAGUUCCAUGAAUUAUCAAGUAAUUCACCUAUACCUCAAUUUGUUUUGGAAUUAUGGUCAUGUGAUUUGCCACACCUUCAAAAUUAGGUAUUAUCCUCGUAAUGCCCGUAGUUGUUGUUGCUCCUUCCAGAGAUAAUGUUUCAGGAUUAACUCUUAAAAUUGACUUGAGUGCUCAUGUCGUGCACGGCAUAUAGUAAUAUCAUGCAAUGCAUAUUGAUAUUCCAUUUACUCAUUACAGUCAGUUGGAUAGUCAUCUGGUCAUAAUUUUUUUCCUUUCACUGUACUCGUUUUCCUUUCGUCCAUAUUUGGAUUUAACUUUUUUCCAGGUUAUUGAAUUAUUUUAGAUAGUUUCUUGAGUGAGUUUUUAAGAAUAUUUCUCCAAAAUACUGUUAUCAAACUUGCAUAAAUAUUCUGUUUUUUUUUUUUUAAUUAUUCAGCUGACAAUGCAGAAUGUGAUCUUUCUCGUAACCCUGGGGAAUAAAUUUCUUGCAUGCAGAUGCUAGUCUUUUCAGAUAAGAGGUUGGUGAUGGUGGACAAGUAAUUAGGAAUGUCCCUGACUAAUCCCAGAGAAACUUCUGCAUGACUUUCCACAUCAGUAUUAUUGACUGCUCGUAUUUAUAUGUGCAUAAGGGGAGCAGGAGGUGGUAAGUGGAGUGGGUACUGUACAGCAUUAAAUAAUCAACUAUAUAUGUAAAUUGAUGAAAUAAUUUAUUUAAUUUGGGCGGGUGGGGGCAACGUCAUAUAGGGUUAUAUUUAUGGCAGUUAUAGAUCAAUUUUAUGUACUGUUUUAUGGUUUGUAUUUGGG